UCUGUGCGAUGGUCGAUGGGGGCGAUGAAAAUAAAAGUGAAUGAAAAUUUGGAACAUGAAAAUUGUUUGUAAAUAGGAUUCCAAAAGAAAUGUUUAUACGAAACCAUUGUGUCUUCCCAACCAAUAUUCCAUGUUUUAUAAUGUAAUGGAUACUUGAAUACGCUAUACAAAAUGGAGAAUUACACCGGGUCCUUGGAUCCGGUGGCUGAGAGAUGGAACUCCUCAACAAUAGACUUCGCGGAGAUAACCAUGGACAGGAACUUCGCCCUGUUGCUCGUCUCCUUAAUAUCGGGAAUGCUUUGGGUAGUUUACAUAACUUACUACAAUAGCCGUGUAUUGGGCUACGUACUGACGAGACUUGUGAAUAGGUUUUACUUUCAAGAUGAAAAUUUCAAAAUUGGUUCUUUCACCCUGAAUGCUCUGUCUGGAAAGAUUAUGUUUCGGGAUAUUGUCUAUAUCAACUACGAUUACACUCUGCGGGUUCAAGAUGGUUACUUAAUUUUUAGAUGGUGGAGGUCAUAUGUACCAAAAGAUGUUUCUGAAGAUCUCUCUCAUUCUGACACCCGCCUCUCUAUCAUGUUGAAUGGCUUUGAAUUACAUGUUUAUAAUAGAUGCGAUCUCUACCACGAGUUGGAAAAGAUAUUUGGUCUAGAUCCUCUUAUUAAACAGCCACACGAUGAUGACUCCACCGACCAAGAUAAAGCCAUGAAUGAUGCUAAUGAAAAAAGACGUCGGGCUCAGGAAGCAGUGAGGUCUGAAGCAGCAAUGGCCAGAACUUGGCGCGAUCUCAUCCCAGUUAUAAAAAUAGACAUCUGUACUGGUAGAGUUGUCUUCGGCAAUCGCUUAGUACCGACAACAUUAUCUAUAGGCGUAGAAGAAGCACACUUAAUGUAUAGUACGAAGCCCCCAGCAUCGAGCUUAGAUCACCUUAUGCAUUUUGUCAAAGCGAAAGCCGAAAAUUGUAAAGUAAUUCUUGCUCCGAGUCCAAACUACACAUCAAUGGUUGAUGAACCUCCUCGAUACAUGGGCGAAGGUUUCGUCGUUAUGAGCUCAAACUACAUCGAAGUAUAUUUCUAUAUGGACGAGCCCGGUUUAGUUCCUGAAGAACCAGUAUUAUUACAAUUAGCCAACGGUGAUAUUGUGGAGUCAGCACCUCCAAUAUGGGGCGUUGAUAUCAAAUGCGGUAAAGGUACCGACUUUAGUUACGGUCCGUGGGCGGAUAGACAACGAGACAAUUUGUUCAAAUUUUUCUUUCCACCUAAUUAUAAAAAUUUAGAGGUCACUCCACAACCGAAGCCAGGGGAUAGAAGACAAAUGCAGUCUUUCGAUAUACGUUUAUCUACCCUUAACGAAGCGACAAUUGAUAUUCUGUUUACGAAAAAUAAAGAAACGAACGCCGUACAUAUCAAUAUAGGUGCUGGUUCAUAUCUGGAAGUAACGUUGCCAUGGAUAGUGCUUCAAGAUGGAUUCACAACGAAAAUAACUGGUCAACUCCUACAUCUGGAAGCGACAACGAGUUUGCAGUAUAGAAGUUUAGCUGAAAGUGAAACUUUGGAGUACACUGUGAAAUGCCACUAUCCGCUCAUUUGGAAUCAUCAUCAAUGCUGGCAACUGUCUUUGACCGGUUGCAAAGCCACGGCCCAUUUUGUUUACACACAUAUCGAUUUCUUCCAAGACCUGACAAAUGAUUGGGCGAGCAAGGCACGGCCGGAUAUUCUGCAUUUUGUACCAUAUACAUGGAAAAUAUCACUUCUGCUUAAAGAGUGCGAAGUGGUCACCGUCAGUAACCAACAUAAUUGGAUCGACUGCAGUUCUACUAACCAAGAAAACAAUCACGUCGCGUUCUGUGGUGAUCUUUUAGAUGUGUCAUUCGAUCUUCCGUUUGUGGAUUUCCUUCCUGAUGUUAUCCCGUUAAAAAUAUGGGUGCAAGGGGAAGCAGUCGAUAUGAGCUUAUACUUACCUGAAGUUAACACAUCAAGAUUACUUCUAUUAUCAAUUGACAAGAAUAUGAAGUUGGUCCCAAGUCGGUUGAGAGCAUCAAAAUGGCGAAGGAAAUGCGUCAAAUCUCAAGGUUGGGUGGACUGUUGGUCGGUCCCAAUUGUAGCCUUGAGCGUGCGAUACAUCUACCAUCCAAUACCACCGCUCGGUCCAGAGCCCCAGGCGGACAUAACGACACCAGAAAAAGAAGAGAUCCUACUAUCUCCCAUGAGAAUUCCCAGAAUACGUAAGCAGCCGCAAUUAAAUUGGGCAAUGGAUGGUAGUAAUUUCGAUAGAACGACCCUUGCCCCUGAUAAAGUCAGUGUUGAAUUAGAAGUGGGUCCCUCAGUUCUUCUGGCGUAUGGGACGAUUAUUACGAGUUUCAUGAACUUAUUGGAAAACAUAUUCGGCGAAGAUCAGACAUUCACGGACAUGCAAAAGGCACCCACUACUGGCACUUACUACUGGGCAAGCGAUAAUUCUACGAAGUUAAAUGAUAGAAGCAGUGUUAACCAACACUCUGAAAUUUCUAUGGAUGAUUCUACCGAUUCAAGCAAAGGCCCGUUCGAUCCAAGAAAGUGCAGACCAUUGGACGUCUCAGUGUCCAUAAUAAUUCACGAUAUUCAGGCACAUCUUGUUAAAAAUUGCAGUGAAAAUGAACCUACCUGUCCUGUGGUACUCAUAGAAAGGUUCGGUUUUGAAAUGGACAAGAAGUUUAGAGAAACAAAGCUUCAACUUCUAUUAAGUCCGUCGAUUUUAAUAUCGGCAAAUAAUCUGUCACGGCCCAACGUAAACGGCAGUACAAAUUCAAGUGCGCUACAACAAGGCCACCUGAUGUUAUCAUCGUUUCAGCUGAGGGGAAACGGAUUCUUCAGUGAUACUAAUCGCGGGGUAGAAGACGAGACCGUUGAGUAUGCCUGGAUGAUGGAACUACAGCUAGGGCAACUUACCGGUCGAAUGACAUUACCGCAAUUGUAUCAAGUGGUUUCUUCAUUAGAGACGUUCUUACUACUCAUUUGUGACAAUGAAAAUGAAUUAAUACCACCAAAUUCAGUUAAGCAGUGUCAUCACGGACUCAACAACGUCCUUUGCCCCGAAACCGAUAUUCCGUUGAGAUAUAGAUGCCCGACUCCAAACGAAAUUAAGUACAGAAUGAUACGAGUGGCGGUAGACCUUGUCGAUUUAUAUAUUGCCGAUUCAAAUACAACUCUACAAUCGUGGAUUUCGCCGAUUCGUUUGUCAUUCUGCAAUUUACAUGGCUCAGGAUGUGGGACAGGUAUAACGGGCCUGCUUCCCAAUAUCAAACUCGCUCUCUACACACAAACAAACAUGCAAACAAACACCCAUCAUAAUUCAAACGGUAGUAACAAUAGUCAAAGUAAAUUACCCGAAAGUGAGAAUUGGGUGGGCGUCGGCUCGAUGGCUCUGGGUCCCGUGCUGAUAGAGGCCGCAUCAUCAUUACCACAAAGCCCUAAAAACGUUCACUUGGUCCAACAGAAGUUUUUGAAAAUGCACGACGAAAAAUUUAAGCGAUUGUGGUUCCUUUGGCCCAACGAUGGAAAGGGCUCGCAGUGCGGCUGCAAUGGUGGAUGUGCAUUUUUUGGAUCGAAUAGAAACGGAACGAACUUCUUCAAACCCAGUCCGGCAGAUAUUAACGAUGGUGUCAAUAUAGCGAUGUUCAAUGUGAUAGAAUCUAUUCCCGGUGAAUACGGCUACGGACAGAGCCUCUUAAAUCCCGGCCAGUUGGUAUUCCAUACACCGCCUUAUAACAGUUUAAACGUAUGCUUACAACCUACAAACGUUUCGGUGCUGGUACCUUCGCCACUUCCACAAAUCACCAACAAAUCACCUCAAACAGCAGAACGUCGAAGUUUAACGCGAAGAUUUUCGUACACUAGCGUCAAUAAAGGAAGCAAUAACGUUUUAGUAUCAAGCACAAAAAGCGAUGUUCCAUAUGCUCGUCUGGUGGACUCGUCGGCGCCAUUAGGCAGUUCAAAAAUUGAUAGUGACUCUAAAUUAAACAAAGCGGUACUCACUGUACCUCAGCUGGAGAGCAGUGUAUCAGACUCUAAGUUGGCGUUAAGCUGUGUAGUAAAAGAUAGCCCAAACAUUGCAAGUAAACGACAUCAUAUUCAAGGCGACGAGCACUUUACGGUACCAAAAGUGCCUCCAAGAAAUGUGGCCGUAUCGGAAUCUCACUACUCACUCAACUCUCAACAUCAUCCCGAUGAGCCAACGCCUCUUCAGGUUCAAAGAGCUAUGUCGAUCACAAGUGAGAACCAUUCUGAAGCAUUCUUCUCUGCAGAUGAAGACAUGUUCCCAAGUCGCUCGUCCAGCUUAAAGCAUUCAUUCGGUAGUCGACACAGUAACCCACGAGACAAACAUUCAUACGCAAUUAACGAUGUUCCGACGGAUAAAUGGACUGGAUCAAUUCCUAGAUCGGAGAUGAGAGAUGGUCCUGAUAACAUCAGUACUGUAAGUGGAGUUCAACCGGAUUCCGAAAGCGGAUCCGUAUCAUCGACGUCAUUUAUUUCGGCGAUUUCAUCCCAAGAAGAUAUGACUUUAGUGAACCUCCACAUGCAAACCAAUAAGCCGAUUGUUGAUUCUCCUUUGCUGAUGUCAAGUUAUAUGAACAACUUGCCUCAAUAUAAAUGUGUCAAUUGGUCGUCUUGCUCGUUACCGUGUGGCAAUGAUCUAUUCACCUUACCCCUUUUUAAGAGAGCUGAAGAUGGUUCCCUGGUAUAUGUCGGCCAAAAAUAUUUGCCCAAUUUCGAAACUGUAGGGAAAGUUAACAUUUUAAAACUGAUAUCGAAGAGCAAUCAAAGCAAUCAGAACCUGCAUGGCCCUUACGCUAAUUUACCGCCUCAUUUCAAUUCGCAAAUAAAGACCCAUCCCUACCCACUGUCAUGGUGGGACUUGCAGCAGAACACGCAAGAUAACCAAGAAAGUAACGAUAAAAGCACACCGUCUACCCUAACCACGUCAAGUGACAGUAAAGAUGGCUUAUUUGUCCGACUUCGCGGUGAAAUAGACGUCAUGCUGACGCCGCUUGUGUUGGAAAGUACGCAGAAAUUUGUCGAAUCAAUCACGCCAGUACUGGCCAACGUACAUCCAAUCACAGUUAUAAAUCACUUGAGGCUUUUGUGUAUAUCGUCAGUUGAAUCUUCUAACGUCCUGAAGCAAAAGCAGCACGUCCUGAACUGGCUGCCGCAGAUGCAAGCCCGCAACGAGUCGAGUAUCAUUAUAGACAAAGACGAUAAAUGUAAGCUAGCCACGAUACCUCAAUCAAACGUAUAUGAAGAAACAAUAAAUACUCAAAUCCAAGCAACGGUUACAGUACCAAAAGUCAACGUGAUUUUCAUUCAAUCAUCGGUUGUUGAAGAUAUGAUUUCCUUCUCUGCUUUGGAUAAUAUCCAGGAUCUGACGUGCGUGUCGCUUUUUGGGGUUUCCAUGGAGAAUAUUGUGGCUAAAUAUGUCAGUUCUAGAAAGACAUUGGAGUCGAUACAACUGUACUACAGACCGACCUUACGGACGUUAGGUAGUAAGAAGUCUUUUGGUAUCAUGAAGGGUCCUAGAGCUUUAAUAUCUCAAGCGGCUGGACGCAAGAGAGGACCGGAAAAGGGAGAGCCAGUUUUCAUUGAAAGUUCUCAGCAGCAGUGUGAGGAUACAAACAUAACGCUCAAUGUUGGUAAAGUACACGGACAGUUACGGCGUAUUCGUAACGAAUCGUCACAAUUGAAAGACGCAACAAUAACAGGGAUUCCUUGUCAGCAUUCUAAAGUUGCCUUUAAAUUCGUGAGAAUUGACAAUUCUAGAGGAUGCGAUCCAAAUCUUCCGCAAAAUGGACCUCCAGAAGGUCAGAAAGAGAAUUCCAUAGGUUACAUUAUGUUCGAAUGUGGAUUGGAAGGCGUUUCAGUGAAGGUCUCCAAUCAUUCCGCUGCACACAAACCGAGCGAAGACAAAAAGCCGCGCCCUGACAGCGAAAGUUGUAGAGAGUCUGUGAAAUCGACAGAAGAGACAAAACCAGAAAAGGAAAAGUCAAAAGGGAUUCGGACGUCCGGCUUCGAAGAGUUAUUUAAGAAACGGGAGUCUAAUUCGAAACCUAGCACCCCGAAUUUGGGAACUACUCAACCUCCUCCAGUUCCACCUCCCCCUGAACCCACAACUCCAGGGCCUGAGGAGCCCUCGAAUGACAGUUGCACGACAAUAGUACCGGCCAAGGAUAAUGGAAAUACGUCGUCGUGUGCCAUUGACUUGAAAGUGGUUUGGUUUAAUUUCGCCGCCCCGCCCAGGACUCCAAUUACGAAGAAGAUUGAUUAUACGAGAUUGGACUGGAACCUGCUGAGCACAGCGUCUCCCGCUAUCAACGCUUGGAUGAAUCCAUGCAAUCGUCUUGGCAUUCGCGUCGUCAGUAUGUACCGGGCACGCGCAAGACGUCUAGCAGCCACAGCCGCUAGCCUUAUGGCUUCAGCUCUUGACCGUGCUCCUCAUCAUACUUUACCCAAGAGUCGCUAUGGUCGACACACGCCCAUGGCGAAGCAAUUGCGCGAAGAGCCGUCCCUCCAAUUGUGCGCCGUGUUGUUGAGAUACGCCCUGCAGGCCGACGCAGCCGCCGUACAAGCCGACCUGGCCGAGAGGCAUCUACCCUCGCUGUCUACAUUGCGACAGGGAGUGAUAGUACUUACUCGGCAAUGGAAGAACAUUCUCUACACACCCUUGCUUCUGGAGCACAGCUAUAAGAGCAAAGUUAUGAAGCCAGUUGCUGUGACGUUUGCUUUGCCGGACUUGAUUGAGGACUCGGUAGAAGGUUGGCAAGAAUACCAGUUCGACAACGAAGGUCUUGAUGAGAACUGUCUGCUUCUCAAUAUGGAGGCAGACAAACUCACGUCUGCCUUACCGGUGCGCGCGGCCCAAACGAGUCGUGCGAGCCUUGUGUUCCCGUCUCUGCCUUUCUCAACGCGCAAGACGCCGUUCCAGGACGACGCCAUUGCUAAUUAUGGGACCUUAAAGGAAGAUCUCCCAACAGUAGGCUCCAAUCCGUCCUUGUACUCUCUGGGCAGUCAGGACCAUAUUGCAGCUGACCGCGCGAGAGAGGACCUCUACCAGUGGAUGGCCAAGCAGGAGCCUAUUAAAGUCGAACCCAAAAGUAAGAAACCAAUGAUACCACCCUCGAAGAUGAACCCACGUGUGGUGGCGCAAUCCUUUCCGGCCUGCAGCUUGUAUCCUCUUCAGGGAUCUCUCAUGUUGCUGGACGCUCACUUGGUGUUCCAGCCGUUUCUGGCUGCUCUUGGAGUUUCGCCCCAUCAGGUCGCACAAGGAAAGGGUGAGGCGAAAGAAGGCAGUGGAGAUGGAAGUUCAGGUCUGGAUGCCCUAGGAUGCUCGGUGUCUUUAGCGGGAUGGCUUGACGCCCUGCGUGUCCAUAUAGUAGUCAGCGAAUUGGGAAGACACAAGGGAAAAGCGUCCCAGAGCCAAGGAGACCAAGCAUCGGAAAGUCCGGCAUUCCUCUGCGAGAAGAUAUCGGUGGAUGUUCUAGUCAAGAAAGUGGCAGAUGUGGCCGUGGAGGAGCUGGUCCAGAAACAGAACGUGGUCUACAUUUCGAGAGGACAACUCAAGAAGCAUAUCAGUACCAUGAUCAACUGUAACUUGAGUAUACGGUUCAUAUCGCAACAGGUCAACAUGCCGUUACUCCGUCUUCUGCACCAAAUAAGCAAUAUGUACCAAAACGUAAAAGACACUCACACAGAACUGCGCGCACGCACCGACCGACCCAGACCGCGCAAGCGGCCUUCCGAAUACCGUGAGAACCUGGUGAGUGUGACGUCACUGGACAAGGAUGUGUUUGUGGGUCUGGACCCUAAGUGGGAGCCCAACAGCUCUGACGUCACUUCCGAAAAGGGGUUGAGUCCCCCUCCUCGGCCGAGGCCGCAGUCCUUUGCCCAGAAGCUCAGAUCUACGGGAAAAAGUGUCAAAGGACGACUUGGCUACAGUUCCCUAAACGAAGGCGCCCAUACUCCCAUGUACAAUGCCGAGGUGGCACCAGAUGAGGCUCCCCCCACUCCCACAAUCCCGGAACCCACCAGCGUCAACUUGGCGCCGCGCUGUUGGCGCACCCUGUAUCAGCUGCUGGAGUUGUACGCCAACAUGCCGGAUGCGGAUACCAUAACGCACAGGUUCUCAGUAUCAACGGAGUUGCCAGAGGCCUAUCGAGUCAAAGGCACGGGGCGUCCCAGCUCACGGGAACAGAACAACAGCAACUCCUCUUCCUCAGCAACCGGGUCAGGCAUCGUCGUCAUGGGGGCUGCUAGAAUACAUCGCACGCGUCUCCUAGCAUCGCUUUCCGGUCUGAAGCUGGAAGCAGAAAUUACGUCACUGCAAGGCUCGCUUUCCGCGUCCCGAGCUCGUCAAUGGGCACUCGGCGGUAACUUGGGAAGGACGGCCAUUGUUCUACUCGAAGGUGUCGCUCCUAAUCAUCAGACAGUGGUGCGAGUGAGUGUAGGCAAAUCUCAGGCGUUGUAUUCGUGGGAGGGAGGACGCCUCGGAGCCACGGCCCUUGGCUCUAUUGGCGGAAUCCGAAUCGAUUUGCCGCAACAUCCCGUCGCCUUACACGGGGUUAUGACGAGAUCUAGUCGGCAGCUGUCGUCUACAUUACAGGAGCUAGGCGUAACUCGUACUUCGUCCCGCAUGUCCCGCGGGGGAGCCGGGCCAGGAGGGGCGGAUGGUUCUGAAGAAGAGGGCAGCCCCCCGGCCGCGCCACCACCUCCCCGAGUUCCUCCAGCAGCCGACACGCCGCUGCUGCAGCCGCUGCAUCUGCAGUUCUCGGUAGUGCUGCAGAGUCUGAGUAUAACAGCGGCUCUCUUACCAUCUCUUCAAGCACAGUACAAGAUGGAGCGCGUCCAUAGCUCGGGCGUGACGGCUGGCAAGGCGCACUUUACUGUGGAGCUACCACACCACUCGCUCAGCUUUGUAACUAAGCUCCAGGUGACGGAAGCAAAUAUCCCAGCUGCAGCAUCAGUGGCGCUUCCAGCGGUGUCGUGCCGUGCACGCGUACUCGACUGCGCACCCAACGACGCACCCGGAGCGGAUCAAGCUCAAUCUGGCGAAGAAGGCGCCGUCCUGAUGGCAGGGCGGUACUUGGCAGCGACGGCCGACAUCGGCCUCUUUGAGCACACCCUGUCCACUGACCUUUUAAACCAUCUGGUCUUCGUGCAGAAAGUUUUUAUGAAGGAAGUAAACGAAGUAGUACAAAAAGUAUACGGGGGUGAAAAGCCAGUUCCACUUUGGAACGAGGAAGAAGCUUCAUCGUCAGCACUCAGCAGAAUCCUCUUCUCUUUGCUGAUUAGGAUUAAACGUAUCCAACUGACUGCGACCACGCCCAGCAACAGCGCAGUGCGUCUGGAAACGGGAGCAGUGGAACUGGAACUGUCCAACCGAGUCCAAAAUGUCACACAACCUGCGCAGUCGCAUGGACUGCGGCUCUUUGCGAGGGCACAGGUGGACAUAAAUUUGAGCUUGGGUCAACUGAUACGCAACGCAAUGUUCGAGGAGGCCGAAGCUGAGUUCCAGCAGUACGCUUUCUUCAACACGAGAAUAUCUAUGCGCAACGCAUUCCAAGAAGAAAUAGUCUGUGGAGAAGAUAAAGAAGUUGUAUUGAUUCGGCUCAAACGGCCACUCGUGUACAUUCAGCCUAUAGCCGUGGAUCGGGCCAUACUUGUGUGGCUAAAUUAUAAGAAUGCCUACGAAUAUUGGAACGAGAAACGCAUGACAUUGAAUAAAGAAGUGCUGACUGCCACACAACAGGUUUUCGAGAAGGUACAAUUAACAUCGCAGAUCGGUACUCCACACUUGAGCACACUCUUCUUACAAUUGAACGUGGAUGACAUCGGCAUAUGUCUGCCUCUUAACCAACCUCCAGUGUCUAAAUGGUGCGGAUGGGGUUGGGGCUGGGGAGCGAGUGAAGGCGGCGUGGGUGGAAUGGGGGGUGACGGAGAAAGGGGGGCCGUGGUAGUCACCCUCGAGAGCACGAGUAUUUCUGCGGUCAGCUCUGGAGCGUUGGUCAGUAAGGGCCGAUUUGUGGGGCUUUGUCUGCGCUUCGCGAGGGACUUUGAAGCGUCGCUCGAUGACUGGAAACCGGAGCCCCAAGAAGCCUGUGUCAACGUUUGCUGCGUUUCCGAAGGCACCUACGAAGUGUGCAGUCGGACGGCGGCGGCGAGACACAAUGAAAAUGCCAAGUGGUUUCUGAACGUGUCUUGGCAAAUGGAAGGAGUGGAUAUUCAUCUGGACACAAACGUUGGCAAGCAGUUGUCUGCAUUGGGACACACUCUGACUAUGCUCACUGGUUUUGAAGAAGAAGAUCCUUUAAAAAUGGACUACGAGAGUGAUUUAGACGAGGAAGCUGACAACAGUAAAGAUUCCCAGGAAAGCAUAGUCCUCCGACGCAAGUACACAGACCAUCUGCCCGCGUUCGUGUUCGACACUUCGAUUGACGCGAAGAAGCGUUCGAAGUUAAUCGAGAAGGAAAUGACGGAACAGGCGAAGAUCAUAAGCGAUUUACGGGCUUUGGGGGCCAGUCAUAGUACUGUGGAGUACGAAUUGAGGAGACUGCAGGACUUGGAGGCUUUGGUGUUCAAGGACUUUAGAAGGGAUAUGUUGCAAAAACUUCGACGACAGAGUGUGAGAGCCAGUUCCAUAACGAAAGGAAAACUAGGGCUCGGCUCCAGUCGUCCCCCGCCUUUGCCGCCGCUACCACCUUUACCAUCAUUACCGCCUGAUGCUGAAAGUAUUGGUGAACCAGCUUCCGCCGGUUUAGUGAUGCCUUCCAGCACCGUUGGCAACCUUGCAGCGAUGGGCAGUCUGGGCAUGAGUAGUUUAGCCAGUGUGGGCAGCUUGGGCAGCGUGGGGGAUUCCGGAGAGACCUUGUUAUUGGUAGAAGAUGACACGCGCCUUGCUGAUAUCAUUGAAGGUGCUUCUUGGAGUUCUAUGGACAGUGAAACAUUGACAGGUCCAUCCCGUUGUGGCUCUCUUCGCGGUACUUCUGGUGGAAGGGCGGUGUCAUUCGGACAACACAGACAGACUUGGCCCGAUCGUUUGGAUCUGCCGCCAAGGAAGAAUACAGAUACGAGUACGACAUCUGAAGGCGCGACUCAGUCGGAGAGCAAGCCCAGUAAGGCGAAAACAGCUGAACCCAACAUAGACUUUGAACUGGAUGUCAAAGUGCACAUCAACAGUGGAAAGUGUGUGCUCCACACCAAGGAGCCCACCAAGGAGGACGAUCUAAAGAGUGGUAGGUCACGCGUGGGUCGAUCGGCGUCCGGUGGAAUGGCAGCAGGCACGAGUGCCGGGUCAGGCCUGGAAGUGGGAGGCACCAGCAAUCCCUCAACGGGAGCUCCGGCAGGAUCUCCCAAUGCAAGGAGGAAACCACGAUUACCACCCCCACCGGAUGUCACAGUCUUCAGAGUGCCAGGGUUGCAGCUGAAGGUGCAUUAUGAAUCCAAAACCCUACCAGAGGAAUCGGCGUCACCACAAUCAAUACCAAAUAUGCCUCCACCGAACGUAGUAGGAGCUCGCAAAAUGGGAACUAAGAAAGCAGCUCUGUUCGCCUGGAUCACUUUGCAAAGUAUUCCCGAAGAGACCAUCAUCAGCCCUCAUAUAUUGGAGUUCCUUGAACAGACUUUGGAGCCGAUACCCACGAAGGCCUCGUUUUCUAUGCCGACACCAGAAGCAGAAAGCCGUUCAACGGGCUCCAACGGUGAGGCGGGAGGUUCGUACGGUCAGUACGUAUACGCUUCGUUCCCGGUGGACGUGAUCGUUCACUUUCAUAUGCGACCCGCUGCUUUCCGGUUCAGCUGCCUUCCUGCGUCUCGAGUCGAGUGUUUGCUGCAGUUGCCCAGUCUGCAGAUUGUCUUUAGCUCCAAGAGGGCCAGUGAUGAAGAAAUGGCUGAAGCAGCAAUAGCAAUGGGCGGUCUCAGCGUAACGGGUUGUUUGGCUGACUUCUCGGUCUACAUCUUCCAUCCAUACGGCGGCAAGAAGUCCAGCCUCAAGGAAGCCCAGUGGUCGCCCUUAGCUGACACGGAACGGAAGGACUCCCUCAGCAUCAACGUGGAGUUUGUCAAGUUCCACCUCUCCAGAUUCCGGAAGCUAGACUUUCAGACAGAUCAAGACCAAUCGAAGGCCACCGUUAGGUUUUCAACGAUCGUAGACGUGGGCUCGGCGUCUUUCAAGUACGACAUGCGUCGUUUGGGCGAGAUCCUGGCUUUCCCUCGGGCCUGGUACCGCCGCUCUAUCGUCCGGAGACUCUUCCUCGGCGAUGUCAGUCUCGACGUAGACCAGCCGUCCACAAGCAACAAUUCGCCCGUGUCACCGGUUUUACCGCAACGCGAAAAGGCCAAACUAGAAACGCAACGAUCCAAAGAGAGCAAGCAAUGGGGCGCGGCAUGGGAGACUUUGGUUCUGUUCGCUGUGAACUUCACACGGCUCAACGUUCACAUGAACAUGGGCAACGUUAUGGGGAAUGUCAGCUGGCAGUCCCGUUCCUUGGGUGCAUCCGGUCGUCUGAGUAUCGGGAGUACGCACCAUCGCCACAUGGUAGUUCGUGUAUCUCUGGCUGGCUCCGCCCUCGACGCUCGGGGAGGAAUUGUGGGCGGGGCUAUUAGUUUGGCAGCGCUACAUGCUCAUGUGCACGUGGAAGAAGAGCCGGGUAGCAAUCCUGCGCACGUAUGCGGCGUGCGAUUGGCCGCGUUGGAGCUCCGGCUGGAGUACAUGGGGACACCGGUACUACUCGCACGUCUUUCCCGGCCGAGGGCUGCCUUUAGAGACCAAUGGCUGGCCCAUAGACAUCGACCAGCUGCCAGUCGUCCAGCCAGCAUCCUCACUCACUGCACCUUGAGUUGGCACCAACUCCAGAUCCUGAUGAGUCGCAGCACGACACCAGAUCUACUGAAGAUGCAGCUCAAGUUGGAGGAGUUCUUCACACAGCAGUUCAAGUCCAGCAAACGAGUGUUCAGCUCCUUGCAUCCAAGCUACGGCACCAUGAGACGAGACAGGAAAGAACCGACGACAAGUGCCGGCGAGGGUGCUGCCCCGCAGCAGGAGCUGAGGCAUCACAGGCAUUGGCAGAAGGUCUUCACCUACGUGACUGGUCUGCCGCUCAACGAGACCUCGACAUCUGGACAGGGCUGCGUGAUCGGAGGCAGUAUCGAAUUGGUGGGUUCAAACAUAUCGUUGGCUUGUUUCCAUGGCAACAGCCUGAAAGCGAAGUCCUGGGCGCUCUUCAGUCUAAAGGACGUGUGCAUCACGUUCGCCACCGAAGCCCAACAUCUUACAAACGAAAUUGGUGAACUCGAAGUCCAAGCAGUCCAGACCCUGACGGCGAGCCUGGGCGGUGCCAGCCCCACGGUGAGUGGCGGACACCAGUCCCUGGCCACGGUGUGCCGCAUGUCACGAACUGUGCUGUUCCCGCCGCAGUUCAAGACGCUGAAGGAGUGGUUCCAAUAUGCCUUCGCUGAUAGUGAAAUCGAUGCAAUAGAGCUCUUCCCGUCGCUGGAGCGCGAGGGCGGAAUCGUGACGUGCGGGACGGGCAGCACGGGCAGCUCGGGAAGUACGAACAACGGCGCGGGCAAGUUGGGCCACGUGAGGGAGGUGAUCUUCGCCCUGCCCGCGUUGCAACUACAUCUGCGGACCAGCCAUCGCCAGCCGCAAGAAGUGCCUACUGAGAAUGACCCAAAGCCGAUAGUGGAGUGCAACUUCAUAACAGAGUUCGAGGAUCACAUCUUCGUGUCGGUGGAUGCCGAAGCCUUCCUCUUCUUGCACGACCUCAUCUCUUCUUAUAUCAAGGAAAAGGAUCGCGUGAUGCCGGGAGGCCGCGUGUCUCACAGCGACUCUACUCUAGUAAUUCCACCACUGGACUAUCGGGACUACCACUGCCUCACUUGGCACCUGGAACCUACCGUCAGAUUACUAUCGUGGGCGGGCAAAUCUAUCGAGCCCUACGGAGUGGAUUACAUCCUUCAAAAACUCGGCUUCAGCCAUGCCCGGUCUACGAUACCCAAAUGGUUGCAGCGGGGUGCGUUAGACCCAUUGGACAAACUUCUUUCUUUGCUUCUACUAAGAUUGUUAGGGCAGCUGAAAUAAUGAGACAUAUUAGGAUAUGAAACAGACACAGAA